CAAGCUGUGCAUACCAGCAAGGCAUCUUCUCUUGUGUUGGUAGCACAGAGAGCCUUCCAUCAUGAGCUUCACUGGAAAGUAUGAGCUCCAGUCCCAUGAGAACUUUGAGCCUUUCAUGAAAGCCCUUGGGCUUCCUGAUGAACAGAUCCAGAAGGGUAAAGACAUCAAGAGCAUCUCAGAAAUUGUGCAGAAUGGGAAUAAGUUCAAGAUUACCGUGACUACUGGCUCCAAAGUAAUGACCAAUGAAUUCACCAUUGGGGAGGAGUGUGAGAUGGAGCUGCUGACAGGAGAGAAAGCCAAGUGUAUUGUUAACAUGGAAGGUAACAACAAACUGGUUGCUAACUUGAAGGGGCUGAAAUCUGUGACCGAACUCAACGGAGACACCAUCACCCAUACAAUGACGAAGGGAGACCUCACCUACAAGAGAAUUAGCAAGAGAAUCUAGAGACCCUGCACACACUUAUCAUUUUACUGUGUAAAAUGUGUCCAUUAAAGUAAAAUUUGUAUUAAAACAUCUUCAUAAUAAACCUCUUUGAUGUUGCUAUAAAGUGA